UAUACAUCCAUGCUUUCCACACCCACAGGAGACGUCUAUUUAACAUUUCCGCAUUUCCAGCUCGGACAGAAGAAACACCAAAGUGGUCUCUGCCCUGCUGCAGCUGCGAAUAAUAAUAUCAGCACAAUGUCAAGGUUUCUUCUUGGAACAAACAUAAGGAGAUGCGUCGCCUCUCAGAUUAGAAUGGCGUCUGAUCAGCUUGGCGAAUUGGGCAAGGGCGCAGGCAAAGGUGGAGGCGGAGGAGGCGCUGUGAGGGCGGCAGGCGGUGCAUUUGGAAAGCGAGAAGUGGCAGAGGAGGAGCGGUACUUCAGGCAGAAGGAGAGGGAGCAGAUGGAGGCGCUGAGGAAGCAUCAUGUGGAGGAGAUUGAGCACCACAAAAAAGAGAUUGAGCGCCUACAAAAGGAGAUUGACCGUCACGAGGGCAAAAUCAGAAAGCUGAAACAUGAUGACUAAAGCUGGGAAGCCUGUUGUAAUUUCUCCUUCCGACCAUCCGAUUGCCAAGUCAAUCAUAAUCCAAUAUUGAUUUAUUUACUGCUUGUCAAGGCAGGUCCUGUAUGACACUUCAUACUGACAUCAUGAAUAUCAAUAAACCAAUAAAGCCCUUAAUUUUUGAUAUUU